GGACCGCGGAGUCGGCGGCUGUGUCGGGGCUGCCUCCUCGCUGGGCCACAGGCUCUCAGGGGCAGGGAGGAAGCCAGAGAACGAGCGAAGUUAUGGCGUCCACGAUACCAGGCCUGCGUGAGAGCGAGGCACCCCCUACCCAAAAGGGAAGGCAAAGAGCCAAGGAGAUCCACGCCUGGCGAGGUUCCCGGGGAGACUCCCACAGCCGCGCUCCGGCGCUCCCACCGCGCCCAGUACGCCCCGCACAGGUCCCGCUCCGUGCUUCCGGUUCCGGCGCCUACCGGAAGUGGGUGGGCGGUGGCUACUGCGCGCGGAGGAGGUGGAGGAGGUGCUUGGCCGCUGCUUCCCGCCCCCGAAUCGGAGCCGGAGCCGGAGGACAGCGCGAGCCGUUGGUGAGCGGAGUAGAGUGAGGUCGGACCCGGAGCGGAGCCGGCUGAGCGGGCGCCGAGCUCCCGUCAUGGCCCGGAACACGCUGUCCUCGCGCUUCCGCCGGGUGGACAUCGAUGAGUUUGACGAGAACAAAUUCGUGGACGAGCAGGAGGAGGCAGCGGCGGCGGCGGGAGAGCCAGGCCCGGACCCCAGCGAGGUGGACGGGCUCCUGCGGCAAGGGGACAUGCUUCGGGCCUUCCAUGCAGCCUUGCGGAACUCUCCAGUCAACACCAAGAAUCAAGCUGUGAAGGAACGAGCCCAGAGUGUGGUGCUGAAAGUGCUCACAAAUUUUAAGAGCAGCGAGAUCGAGCAGGCUGUGCAGUCCCUGGACAGAAAUGGCAUCGACUUGUUAAUGAAGUACAUUUAUAAAGGGUUUGAGAAGCCCACAGAAAACAGCAGUGCAGUGUUACUCCAGUGGCAUGAAAAGGCCUUAGCUGUAGGAGGACUAGGCUCCAUUAUAAGAGUUCUUACAGCAAGAAAGACUGUUUAAAAACAAAAAAACAAAAAGGACUCAUGUUACCCUGAAGAAUUUUCGAUGCCCAGGCUGGACUGACAAUGGACCAUCUUCCUAGGAACUCCCAACUACGAAUUUCAGGAUAUGUAUCUGCUGAAAUGUAUUUUAUUUUUGAGGUGGAGGGAGAAUCGCUGCUUCCUAAAUCCUUUGGAGGAUCUGAGUCUGCCUCUGUCGUAGAACAGACCCUUGACUAUCUGGAGAGUGGCUGGCCUAUGUCGGUCAGGUGUUACCAUGUGCACUGCCUGUUUGAAAGGGGAAGGGAUGAUUUGGGCAGGUGCAGAUCCAAGGGCUGUGGUGAAAGGGAGAAUUUGUUUUUCACAAGUGGGUAAACCUGAGAGUUUGUACAGACACCCUGUCUUCCCAGAGAAGGCAGACUCUCGGGUUCAUUGUAAAGUGCCUGCUGCAUCAAUAAAGCUCUUGGCUUAUUAGUAUAUCCCUUGGAGUGUGUUUCCUGUAUGUAAAAAGUGGUAACAAUGGGACGGUAAGGAAGUGUGACGUGGAAGGGUAGAUGUGUCCCUGAGUUGCCAUCCCUGGGGAGCGAGCAUGGCAAUCUCUAGGCCUUCCUGCCACAGCAGUUCCCUGAGCCUUGGCCACCCUGCUGCCACGGAGAGGUGUUUUGGUGAAUACUAUUUAUUGUUUCUUACUCCUUUGAUUUGUAUGUAACCUUGGAGCUUAUUUAAUUUAAUAAAGUGCCAAACAUUUAAUAAUUGA